AUGAACACACAUCGUCAAAAUGAUUAAAAGAAAUUUCUCAAUUCUAACUUAACACAUAAUCCUGACAAUUCUAUGGUUUCUAGUAAAUCCAAGAAUUCUUUUAAAGAUUUAAAUGAAUAUAGAAGUAAAUACAUUGAUUUAUAAAAUUAUUUAGAUCAUACCCCUCAAAAUAAAACAGGUCAUUAGAAUUAGUAUAGUGCAUCCAAGAUUAAAUUAAUACUUUCUAAUUUAGUAUAGACAGAUUAAAUUUCCUCUAAAUCUUAAUUUGGAUAAAGUCUAAGAGAGAAAUAAGAUAUAAAGCAAACAGAUAAUAUUUCUAAGAAUACAUAAUAAAAAGUGUCAAAAACUCCAAAAACAAAAGAUUCUUAUUUUAAAUAGUAAAUUUUUGCACCUUCAUCUACUAGAGAAUUCAAUCAUAAUAACGAAAACUUUUAGAAUUUAUACUAUAUGUUUCAAAAUAAACAAUAAGAUUCAUAAAGUUAAUAAAAUGUAUUAAGUUUAUCUUAAUUGGCAAAAAAAUAAAGAAGCAUCAUUGACAAGACUCCAUAAAAAAACAGUUUAAAUAACAAUUAAAACAGAGAUAAUUCUCAAUCUUCUAUUUAAACAAGCUAAAUAUAAUAAUUUAAACAAAAAAUUGAUAUUAGUUUAUAAAGGAAAACUUCAUAAAAAACUGAAAAAUAUUAAUUUUAAAAUGAAUCAUAAAUAGGAAAAACUAAUGGAAUUAAUACAAAUUAGAAGAAAAAUUAUUAAGAUUUAAACUCUUUUAAUAAAAGAGAAGAAAUCUCUGAAUAAUUGAUUUAAUUAAUCCUUUAGAAAGAAUAAAUAUGGAAUCAAAUUAAAUAAAAUUUAGAAAAAAUAAAUUAACCAUCAUUAUAAAAUCAUUGCUCAGAGUUACAUUAGAUUCUUAGUUAAUUAUCUGAAAGAACUAAUGUAUUAAACUAUUAUAUUUUAGAGUUAAUAUUUAUAUGAUAUUGAGAUAAACAUAAUUGAUACAUUUUUAUUAGAAUCUUUUGCUGUUUUGAUCAUUUUAAUGGAAUGGUCAAAAGGAGAAUAGAUUUUAGAUUAAAACUUAAAGAAUUUAAUUAUUUAUAUAACCUCAAGUAAUUUUUACUUAAUUUAAACCAUCAAUUCUGCUAUAGUUCAUGUAUAAUAUUAAUUAUAAUAUAUGAAGUCUUUGCUGAAAUAAAGAAUAGAAUUAAGAUCAUUUUAAUUAAAAAAAUAAAAUAGUAAAGCCAAAUAAACAUUAUAAAAAAAUAAUUUUAUCAUAAGAUCUAUUUUAGAAUUGAUGUAAGUAAUUAACAAAUAUUAGGAAUUGACGACACGACUUAUUCAGAUAUAUAUUCAUCACUAGAACUUAAAUAAUAAAGUUUUGAUUUAUAUUUUGUCUAACAAAACAAAAUAUUAAAUCAAAUUACUAAGUAACUAUAGAAAGAAAAUAGUCUAAAGAGUUCGAACAUCUCUAAAAGUGUUAAUGUUGUUGAUAAAAAAAAAUAACCGAUUCUUCCUUCUAAAUCAACCAAAACAUAUACAUUAGUACUUGAUCUUGAUGAAACCUUAGUUCAUUAUUAAGAAGUAAUUUUAAUAACAAUUGUAGUUUCCUAAUGGAGGAGGAUAAUUUUUGGUAAGACCUUAUACAGAAGAAUUUUUAGAGAAGUUAUCAAAAUACUAUGAAAUAAUUAUAUUUACUGCUGCUUAACCUGACUAUGCUAAUUUUAUAAUUGAUAUAAUAGAUAAAUAAUAAGUUGUAAAGGCCAGAUUAUACAGAGAACAUACAAAAGCUAGAGAUAAUGUGUAUGUUAAAGUAAGAGUAAAUAAUUAAUAGUAGGACUUAUCCAUUAUUGGAAGGGAUUUAAAUAAAGUUAUCAUUGUUGAUAAUAUGCCAGAAAAUUUUUAGUUGUAACCUGAAAAUGGAGUUUAUAUAUAGAGUUGGACAGGAGAACAAAAAGAUAGGGCUCUGAAAGAUUUAAUGCCAUUGUUAGAAUGUAAAAUAUUAUCUUAUAAAUAGAAAUUGCAAUAAAAAAAUGCAAAGAUGUUAGGGAAGCAUUAAAUUAAUUUCGAGAAUAGAUGAUAGAUAAAGUGUAAUAAGGAAUAAAAAAUCCUUAUUAAAAUCUUUAGUUAGCAUGA